AAUUCUGUCGAAGAAAAUGUCAAUCUAGAUGUAACAACUAUUUAAACAGCAUCAAACCCAAUAGUUCUUGGCUCAAUAAUUUUCUACCAAAUAGGAGAAGGUAAAACCCUCAAACCUCAUGUCUGAAUAAUAAAAUGAAAAAAGUUCUAAUAAGCAAACCAACGAAAAACACAAAGAAGAAUCCCCAUCCUAAAGAUUCAACAAUUAUAUACUAAAACCAUCCUAAAAACCCUCACAGCAAAAUCAAACUCAAAAAUGCAAUAUUAAGUAAUUGUAAAAUAAGAGCAAUAACAUCACAGAGCAAAUCCAAGAAAAGCAUCCUAAUUUUAACAAGCAAAGAAGUUAAUCUCCCAAUUCCUUCAAUAAUCAAUCACAAUUAAAUGAUGAGCAACAAUAAAGAAGACCUGCCUCUUUUGCCAAUGAUGCAUCCCAUAAAUAGAGACUGAUCCCCAAAUCUCCUAGUCCUCACGAUUUAUAAGAGAGCAUUGUAACAACUACAUUCGAUAAAUAAGGUAGAAGAUAUCAAUUUACUAUUUAGCAAUCCCCCAGGCCAAGAAUUCAACCGAAUCAAAAUUAAAGAUUAAUUAACAAGUUGGAUAGUAUAGCUCAGCACAACAAUUCCAAUAAAGAUGCCCUCUCAAAUUACAAAGUCAUUCCUCAACCAAUUCCCUCUCCAGCAAUAGUAAAUCCAAUUUUGUAAGGAAAUUAGAAUAGAAUACGAAUCACACUCCUACUAAAUUAACCACCACUACUCUUAAUACUGAGUAUAGCAAAUGUAAAUCUAUUAACAAAGAAUAAUCCAUCAAAGCUAUUAUUUAUGAUUAAGAUAGAGAAAAUGAUAUGAAAAUUUUGAAUAUUGGUACUCCCAGCACUUACCUUCAUUCUAAAAUUUCAAUUGAGUAGCAGAGUGUAAUAAGAUUGAAUAGACAUUUAGGUUGAUGAAAGCUUAGGCAAUAAAUUCUAAUAAGGAAAAUUACUAAGUUAAUAUUCACCCUUAAUUGGAUCAAAUGAUAAUUUGGAAAAUGUAUUACCCACAAAGACCUGUGCAAAUCAUAGAAAUAAGAGAGCCAAGUAUAAGGUAGAAGAAUGUUCUAAACUUACAUAUUACUGUUCUUAAUGUGCCAUUGAAGCUGCAAGCUAAGGAAAAGUUGUGCAAGAAAUUAACUAACUAAAAAUUAAAUCUUCUGAGACCCAGAUACCUACAUUUUAAUCUAAAUUAAUUGAAUUAAAUGGCAAUGCAAAUUAAACGGAAAUGCAAUUCAAGGAGAAAUAACUAAGUGGGUUUCUGAAAAAGUUAGAUGCGUCCUAAACUCUAAGAUAAGACAUUCUGGGAUAGAUGCAACUCCAAAUUGAAUUGAUAACAGAAUGGUAUGAGAAUUAAAUAAGAAAGUGCGAAGAAUCUAGAUUAGAACUCUAAAACUUAUUGAAUGAAGCCAGCAAUUAUUGCAUAUCUACUCUAUAAAUGUAAUAGUAAGAAUCUUUAAAAUAAAUAUCAAUCUUAUUGUUUGUUUUACAAUAGCAUCAUUAAGAAACAAAUAAUAUAAGAUAGGACAUAGAAAACAACUGGAAUGCAGUUUUAAAAACAAUAAAAAUGGAGCCAUUCUAAAAGAUCAUGGAUAAUCAUUAAAUAGAAUUAGUAAAGAUGAAUGAGUUUACACAAUCCAUGCUUUCAAUUACAAUUGGAUUGAAACACCAAAUAAAUCCAGACAUUAAACCCAUAAUCGCUUUAAUUGCUUAAAAGUAUAUAGAUUGAUUACAUAUAUAAUAGCUAUUAAUUAUAAGAUGAAAAACGAUUGCUGAUUUAAAAUAGUAAUAAUUAAAAUGUUAGUUAACCUAAGAUCACUCAAAUGGCAUCUGCUUUCAAAAAAACUGAAAAUAACGAGAUGCCAUUUUAAUAAUCUAUGUCUUAAUAAAGAAUUCGUACAAAUUUUAGUAGUGGAUUAGAAGCAUAGUCACAAUAAUAAGAUGGAUAAUUCUAUUCAAAUUAAAAAUAGAUUGAUGACAACAUUAUUCAAGUGAAUCAUUAAAAAUUGCAAUAACCAAAAAAUAACAACCUUUAUGUUUCUUUUGAAAAUAAAGAUUUGUUUAUGAAUACUGUAGAACAGGAAUAUAAGGCUAAAAAGAGUUUCCAUGAAGAGAAAUAAUAAUUAUAAUUGAUAGAAUCUCAACACUAUUAAGAGAAUUAGAUGAGUGAGUAAAAUUCACCCAAAUCUACUCCUCAUAGUCCUGCUAGUGGAUAAAUGAAAUAAUCCAUUUAAAGAACAGUGACUAAGACUGAGGAUACAUAAUAAAUCAGUUCAGAUGCAAUUUAAAAGCAGAAGAGCACUUUUCGAAAAUUAUUUGAGAACAUUGAUGAUCCAUAAAGUAUUGAAAAAAUGAAUGAGGAGUUCUUAUAAUGUAAAGAGGUGAGUGAUAAGAAUCUAUCAAAAUUAAACAAAAUCUCGAAUAAUUCAUCAAAAACUUAACAGUAUAAAGUAUUAAAAUAUAAACCUAGGUUUUUUUAAUAGUCAAUAGAAUCUAAUCAGACUAUGGUGUUGGAAACCCCUGAUUUGAAGAAGAAUGAGUUGGAAAAUUUAUAAUAUCUAUAAUAUUUGUAAGAUACAGAAACUUGCAAAAAAGCUUUAGAUAAGCGAUCUUAAUUGAUGGAGUCAGUGAAAAAAGUUAAUUUAUGGGAUGAUCAGUAAAAUGUGGGUUCAUAUGGGAAGGGUGAUCCAAAGGAAACUGGUUAGAUUUUGAAUUUCAGGGAGAUGAUGCACUUCAGUGAUUUGAAGGCAAGGAAUCACCCUUUGGAAUUAAGUCAAAAUAAUAAGAAUUUAGAAACAGUCUAAGAAGAAUAGAAGAGUUUGUUUUGUUCGCCUCAAUUCAAAGAUCAAGAUGUCAUAAAUAUUUCAGAAAGCAGCUGUAUAUCCAAUUGA